UCUAUUUGUCGGUGAUAUCGAAUUUUGAGCUCAUAAAGUCGUUUUUUUGCAAGGAAGAAAUUCAAUAUGUUCUUAGAAUCUAUUAUGACAAUUGGAAAUUUUCUUCUUCUAAAUCAAGAUGCGCAGCAGAAACAGCAAAAGGAAUCCAAAAUUUGGUGAAUGGACAUUUUCUGAUCGAUGGGGAACGGAUACAGCUCUCCGAACUUCCAUUUGCCAGCCACCGCUUAUGGAAGAUCAUGAACGUCAAAGACAAACGCAAUUAUAAGGUAGAAGUUACGCUACACAAGCGCAGAUCUGAUGGAUCAAUAUUUUCGAUCGUCAAAUAUAACGGCAUGCACUUAUUUCUAAAUCAAAAAGAUGCUUUUUUAGUAAAGGAUGGUGAGAUAGAAGCCAAGCUUGUUUCUGAUCACUUUAAGCUUUGCCAUAAAAAACUGGGUCUACAAGUUGCAUUCAACAGCAAAAUGGUGGGGUCUGACAAUGAUGUCAUUGCAUUCCAAACCCACUCUAACCUUUGGUGGACCGAAAAAGUGUACCUUUUUGAUUUAGACGGAUUUCAGUAUGCAGAGCUUUCUGGCGGAAAUACUCUGGCUUUGAAAAACUCGUCCAAAUUCACAGGGGAGAUAGCCAGUCCACUUCCAUGCUCUUUUCACAUAAGUUCGUUCUGCUCUUUCUCUUCGGCAUCGCAAUCGUUUCUUGAUGCUUUUUUAACGCGUGGGGUGCUUUUUAACUUUGCAGUGGAUUCGCACAUUUUCACACUAGAAAGUGAGGCUCAAUCCUUUUAUUUUUUCGACAGUUACAAUGGCUCAACAAAGGACUUUUACGUUAUGAAGAAGGGAAGUGCCGAAUAUUUCGCUGUUAUCAAGGGCGAGAAAUUCAAGAUUCAUCCUCCUGCUGGGAUCGAGAGAAAUUUUUUCGCCUCCGCAAAUUUGCCAUUUUUAUUUGUGUCGAUUGAAAAUUCCUUCCACAUUAUCAUUCCGGUACCUCUGUCAAAACCUGGUGAUUCAUACA